AUGGCAGCGUUGACUGCGCAUGUUAACAGUGAUGAGAUUCGCAAGGGCAGGUGGGCUUUCAGCGGAAAACUCACUCGUUCCAGGGGCAAUGUGCGUCCAAUCCGUUCGGAGCUGAGAGAGGACGAACCUCGCCUGGGACAGCUUGUGCUUCAGCCGAGGUCCUUUAUGCUCGCCAGCUGCGCAGCAUCCUGUGCUCGGCAUCAGGCGUCCGAGGUGCAGAUGCGAGAAUCUGAGGAAGCGAAAACCAGCUGCGCAGCCAGAAUGGCAGAGCUCCAAUCAGAGCUCGCCAACAACGCCAUAGCGGUCGAAGAAGCUCAGAAGCAAGCAAAGGCGGAGGCAGCGGCCAAUGCAGCCAAGGUCAGUGAGCUUGAGCAGAGACUCAAAGCCUCAGCCGACAGCGGCGGUGCGGGGAGGUUGGUGGAGCUGGAAGCAGAGCUAGCGAACAAGGCCAAAGAGGUUGAAGAAGCUCAGAAUAGGGCCAAGGUGGAAGCAGCGGCCAAUGUCGCCAAUGCAGCCAAGAUCAGUGAGCUUGAGCAGAGGCUCCAAGUCGCAGAUGGCAGUCAAGCAGGGAGGCUGGCGGAGCUGGAAGCAGAGCUGGCGAACAAGGCCAAAGAGGUUGAAGAAGCUCAGAGUAAGGCCAGGGUGGAAGCAGCGGCCAAUGUCGCCAAUGCAGCCAAGGUCAGUGAGCUUGAGCAGAGGCUCCAAGUCGCAGAUGGCAGUCAAGCAGGGAGGCUGGCGGAGCUGGAAGCAGAGCUGGCGAACAAGGCCAAAGAGGUUGAAGAAGCUCAGAGUAAGGCCAGGGUGGAAGCAGCGGCCAAUGUCGCCAAUGCAGCCAAGGUCAGUGAGCUUGAGCAGAGGCUCCAAGUCGCAGAUGGCAGUCAAGCAGGGAGGCUGGCGGAGCUGGAAGCAGAGCUGGCGAACAAGGCCAAAGAGGUUGAAGAAGCUCAGAGUAAGGCCAGGGUGGAAGCAGCGGCCAAUGUCGCCAAUGCAGCCAAGGUCAGUGAGCUUGAGCAGAGGCUCCAAGUCGCAGAUGGCAGUCAAGCAGGGAGGCUGGCGGAGCUGGAAGCAGAGCUGGCGAACAAGGCCAAAGAGGUUGAAGAAGCUCAGAGUAAGGCCAGGGUGGAAGCAGCGGCCAAUGUCGCCAAUGCAGCCAAGGUCAGUGAGCUUGAGCAGAGGCUCCAAGUCGCAGAUGGCAGUCAAGCAGGGAGGCUGGCGGAGCUGGAAGCAGAGCUGGCGAACAAGGCCAAAGAGGUUGAAGAAGCUCAGAGUAAGGCCAGGGUGGAAGCAGCGGCCAAUGUCGCCAAUGCAGCCAAGGUCAGUGAGCUUGAGCAGAGGCUCAAAGUCUCAGUCGACAGCAGCGGUGCGGGGAGGGUGGCAGAGCUGGAAGCAGAGCUGGCGAACAAGGCCAGAGAGGUUGAAGAAGCUCAGAGUAAGGCCAGGGUGGAAGCAGCGGCCAAUGUCGCCAAUGCAGCCAAGGUCAGUGAGCUUGAGCAGAGGCUCAAAGUCUCAGCCGACAGCAGCGGUGCGGGGAGGUUGGCAGAGCUGGAAGCAGAGCUGGCGAACAAGGCCAAAGAGGUUGUAGAAGCUCAGCAUAAGGCCAGUGUGCAAGCAGCAGCGGUUGUUGUGCUCGAGCAGAAGCUCAGUUCUUCAGCAGGUUGUGAGGCUGAACCAUCCCAUGACAAAGUUGGUGCGACUGACCCGCUGGAAGGUGCACCUGCAUGGGUCAAAGCAAUACCAGAAUAUGCUGUCGCAGCCUGGCACAUGUGGGCGAACGUGCCCGAACUUGUGGGGUCCUGCCGUACUCUGGCAGCACAAUCGGUAACAAGCUGCUGGGCGAUGGCCAAGCCAUACUUGCAGGCUGCUGCUUUGUGUUGCUUUGGGGCUGCCUACCCCGGUUGCUUCGUGGUGGUCUUUGUUGCCUCUUGUCUCGGUGCCCUUGUCCUGGUGCUGGGCAUGCGGUGCUUGCAAGCCAUUUUCACUCGCCUUGGCCGAUUCCUCGGCCGCAGCCGCACUUCCCCAGCCUUUGCUUCGAAGAUGUCGAAAGACCUCGGGUCGAUUGGGACCAUGUCAGGCGUUCCUGGCUAUGGCAAGGAGCUAAAGCAGAACAAGCUUCAGGGCAGGGGUGAUGUGGAUCUCUCUCGAAUCGAAGGUCGUCUUGAUCGCCUUGAACACGCCCUCAUAGAUCGACUGGAGCGCAUUGCCGCAGCUGUACCGCGUGUGCAAGCUGCAGGGCCGUCAGCAGCUCCUGCAGCAGCCACGCCAGCGGCAUCACCGCCUGCAGCGCCCGCAGUGCCAUUACCAGUGUCAGUGCCUCCUGUAGCUGUGGUGCCAGCGCAGGUGCCGCCUGCCGGCACGGUGCCUGCGCCGGUGUCGUCAUCACCAGCGCCUUGCUUCGCCCGGCCCAGUGCCGUGCGUGGAGCCCGGGCCAGUCCCUUCGCAGAGCCGACGGAGAAGGUUUGCCUGGAGGGUGAAGUGUGA